AUGAGACCGGUUGGUGGAGCGCAUCCGAUGGCUCAACCUCAGUUUGGUGCUGUGGCCCCACAACAGUGGCCGCCAAUGGGUGUUUUUGCACCACAGCCAGGGAUGUACGCUCAGCAGCCGAUGAUGGGUAUUUAUGGACAACCUGGCUACAAUCCCCAGCUGCAGACAACAGCAGCGCCAGUCUAUGGUGUGGCGCCAGGUCAAGCAUCGCAGCAAGUUGGACAACCACAGCCAACGCAACCACAGCGUCCAUUCAUGUGA